ACUGGAAGCCAACCAGGUAGAAACAUCAGACAAGAAAUAAAUUCGCCAACAAGUACAGUUGUGGUCAUACCAUCUAUCCCUCAUCCAAGUUUGAAUCAUGGACUCCUUGCCAAGCUAAUGCCUGAGCAGAGUUUUCCCCACUCAUUUUACAAAGAAACACCUGCUACAUUUCCAGACACUGUAAAGGAGAAGGAAACACCAACCCCUGGUGAAGAUAUUCAGCUUGAAAGUUCAGUUCCUCACACAGAUUCCGGAAUGGGAGAGGAGCAAGUGGCUAGCAUCUUGGAUAGGGCAGAUCUAGAGACUGCUGCAGGUCCUGAUGCAAUGAGUGAGCUUUUAUCCACUUUGUCAUCUGAAGUAAAGAAAUCACAUGAGAGCUUAACUGAACACCCCAGUGAAAUGUUGAAGCCCGCAACAUCCAUAUCUAGCAUUAGUCAAACCAAAGGCAUUAACGUCAAGGAAAUACUAAAAAGUCUUGUGGCUGCCCCAGUUGAGAUUGCUGAAUGUGGCCCUGAGCCUAUUCCAUACCCAGAUCCAGCACUGAAGAGAGAAGCGCAAGCCAUUCUUCCUAUGCAGUUUCAUUCCUUUGACAGGAGUGUGGUGGUGCCUGUAAAGAAGCCACCUCCAGGGAGUCUAGCUGUCACUACUGUGGGAGCCACUGCUGCAGGAAGUGGGCUGCCAACAGGCAGUACCUCAAGUAUAUUUGCUGCCCCUGGAGCUACACCAAAAAGUAUGAUUAACACGACAGGUGCUGUGGAUUCAGGGUCCUCCUCCUCUUCCUCCUCUUCUAGUUUUGUGAAUGGUGCUACCAGCAAAAAUCUUCCAGCUGUACAGACUGUAGCCCCAAUGCCAGAGGAUUCAGCUGAGAAUAUGAGCAUCACAGCAAAACUUGAAAGAGCUUUAGAAAAAGUUGCUCCUCUUCUUCGUGAAAUUUUUGUAGACUUUGCCCCAUUCCUAUCUCGUACACUUCUGGGCAGUCAUGGACAAGAGCUAUUGAUAGAAGAAUUGCUCAGUGAACAGAGCCAGGAAAAUCUCACCAUUUCUCAAAUGGACAUAACUAAAGAUGCUGAACCCAAUAACGCUGCAGAUGUGGAACUGUCAAUGAAUCCAGUGCAGCCAUUGUAA